CUUGGCAGCUGUCAAAGUGUUAUGUGAAAAAGUUUAUUAUUUGCGUUGGAUUUGUAAAUAGUGGAACGAUUGUGUAAACAAACAAUUUUAAAAUUGCCUUAUUGCUUCGGCUCUAAACUCGUCGAGUAUCUAAAUUUAUUUAGCUAUGCGUGAUCCGGUAUAUGUGACAUUUCUUCCUAAGGACCAGCUAUAGCAGUUCGUUCGCUUCAAGUGCAUUAUUUUCUUAACGAAUAAAUAACAACCAUGAAGCUGGAGGUAGAUAAGAGUCUGCUACCAAUUAAGAUUCACUUCUUCUUCUUCUUUGCUGCUCUAGGUCCAAUCCUGCCACAGAUAAAUGUCUUCGGUCGUCAGCUGGGCGUGUCCGCGGCUGUCAUGGGAAUGGUGACAGCUGUGUUGCCACUUCUGUGGGCCGCUGCUAAACCAAUGGUUGGUUAUGUAGUGGAUUAUUGGCCGAAUCACAGAAAACUAGUAUUUAUGCUUCUUAUUAUAAUAAUGUCUGGCUCAUAUUGUUGUCUAUGGUUCCUGCCUGUACCCGACGAGUCUGAAAAAAUCGUAGAAUCGAUAUACAACCUCAACGACACAAUAUAUAUAAAACCGCACUCAACCUUAGAUAGUUUGAUACUUGACAAGUACAACUGCCACUGGAAUUGUUCCACAGACUACAAAUUUAAUGUGUAUCUAUCUAACUCCACGCACGUAAGCACUAUGUAUAUAGACGGAGCAGUGACAAAUACAUCUUGCUCGGUCUUACAUAUGCAAAUGGAGACUGGAGGUAGCGAGAUAGCAUGCCUACCGAUACAGGACUGCAAUUUACUCUGCUACGAAGCGACGUUAGAUGCGCGGGAAAAUAUUGAUGGCUGGAUUGACGAAAGUUAUUCGAGUUUUUACACGACACUGACGUUUUGGGGAUUUGUACUCAUGAUGAGCGUGGGGACAGUCGCGUUUAAUGUUGCUAACUGUAUUGGGGAUGCUGUUUGCUUUGAUGUUUUGGGACCUGAUGGAGGGUCAAAGUACGGUUCCCAGAGGGCAUGGGGCACAGUGGGAUAUGGCAUAACAGCUUUAUUGGGUGGCUGGCUUAUUGAUCUCUUCUCUGGGACAUAUAAGAAUUUCACCCCUGCGUUUAUUAUAGCAAUCGUGGCCACCUUCGUGGAUUUGGCCAGCUGCAGGAUGUUAACUCUACCCUCCCUUUCGAGUCCCACAGAUUCCGGUAAAGCUUUAAAAAAAAUAUUGAAGAUACCAAAAGUUGCUGUCUUCAUAAUAUUCGCGGUCGUGGCCGGGUUUUUCGACAGUUUCAUCAUUUAUUAUAUGUUUUGGUUUUUAGAAGAAUUAGCGGAGGUGACUGGAUCAAAAUCGAAUAUCAAACUUAUCGAAGGCACCAUUGUGGCCGGACAGAGUUUUAUUGGCGAAGUGUUGUUUUUCUUUUUUUCCGGAAAAAUAUUGAACCGUUGGGGCUAUGGCACUACUCUUACUUUUUGCCUCUUCUUCUACGGAGUGCGAAUGAUCGCUAUCUCCCUCAUACAGCAUCCAUGGCAUCUUGUCUUUGUUGAGAGUAUAAUGCAAGGUCCGACUUACGCAUUAUGUUAUUCAACGAUAGUUGGCUAUGCAGCUCACGUUGCACCGGAAGGUUACUCAGCAACUGUACAAGGUAUUGUCGCUGGGAUGGACGAUGGUGUGGGUUUCGCUCUCGGAUCCCUAGUAGGGGGUCAACUGUACAGUCGUGCGGGGGGUAGAGGGUCAUUUCGAAUAUUGGCUGGUAUUGCACUUUUUGCUGCGGCUGUCCAUGCGCUAUUGUUCGCUUGGCUUACGCGAAAUGAUUCAGAACAAAAGCGACCGAAAGUGACGUCACAAGAUGAGGGCGAAAUAAUGCUAGCAUUAAAUAAUGGCAUUUAUCAGGACACAGUUGUCCCAGUUGUAAAGAAGAAUAGUCUUUUAUAAAUUUUAUUACUGUGAUAGACAAUUCAAGAGCUUUAUAUUAUAAUAUAUAAUAUUUUUAUCUAUUGUUAGUUGUAGGGAGAUUUUGAAUUUUUUCCAAUCGUUUGGACAGUUUUUAGAGGUUGCCAACCUAAAAAGACAGAGGUCUUAUUUAUAUAAUCUAUUGUUGUUCUAUUGUUUUUGAUGUCUGAUCUGUGCCAAAUAUUAAAAAAAUAUAUAAACAGAUAAAAAUUCCAAAGACGCGCUUGUUCAUUAGCAAUUAUCCUACAUAUCAUAAGUACAUAUUUUACUACUUUGUCUAAAAUGUAAUUUUUAUAUAAAUUUUGAAUAAA